ACGCGCGCCGCAAGCUAACAGGUGUUUUUGUUUGAGAUAAUAGAAUAUAUCGCCGGUUGAUUUGGUUCGCCUUGAUAUUAAUUUCAACAACUUGGAACAAACUAUUAUUUAUCAUAUUAAUAUGGCCAGUGGUGGUUUUCAUCUUCGUUUUGGUGAUGGCCAGACUAAAAUAGUUUCAGAAAAUCGUGAUGAAACAAUCGAAUCGCCGUCAAGAAGAACGACCAGAGUAAGAAACAGACCAAAGAAGUUCGGUGAUUUCUUAGACAUAACACCAACCAAGCGAAGACCAUACAAGGACAUCAGCAGCUCUGAGGAUGAAGCAGAUGUUGAUGAUGGCAGUGCUCCACAGAAACCUACAGCUUUGUUCAGUGAAGAUGAUGUGGAAGGCCAGGAUAUGUUUAAGUUUAAAUCCCGACACACCAAACAGGAUCUACAGAAUAAAGUAAAAGCAGCUAUUAGUAACUCUCCCAGAGGUGUAGAUUCACCAAUGAAGACGCCAAGGAAACUGCUACAUUCAGCAGUCAAUAGUCCAUUCUCUUCAGUAGUUCGGGCCACACCUAAACAAGUUAAAGAUAUAAUAAAGAAAAGAAUUAUUCACGAAGUGGAAUCUGAUAGUGGUGACAGUGAUUUUUCUGGGGGCAGCAGUGACUUUGUGCCUGAAGAAAGUGAUCACGAUGAGACUAAUUCAAAUUCAUCACCAGCAGCAUCUUCAGAUGAUGAAGAAGAAGAACAACCAAAGAAAGCAUUAGGCAAGGCUGUAGAAAACAAAGAUAAUAAGACCAAACUGAAAGAUUCUGAAUAUUUUGUCACCCCCGAUAACUAUUUCAUGAUGCAUUCCAGUAAAAAGAUCGCUACUUCAGAUCAUACUUUAGCACGACUCAAAAACUUGAAUGUAAAUGAAAAUGAAAUCGAUGACAUUCAAAUAUCACUGGAGCACAAAAAGAGUAUAAAUGAACUCAACAUAACAUAUACUCAACUGUUCAACAAAUGGCUGUAUGUACUAAGUGAAAACUUUAACAUUAUACUGUACGGAGUUGGCUCAAAACGCUCUGUACUUCAACAAUUUCAAAAACAGAAACUGAAAGACUUUCCAUGUAUUGUAGUCAAUGGUUUUUUUCCAAGUUUAACCAUUAAGAGCAUUGUUGAAACGAUUGUUAUUGAUCUGCUAGAAAAUAGCCAUGUGCCCUCGAAUGUGGGAGACAUUGUAAACUUAAUUGAUACUCAGUUGUCUGAAAAUGGUGUGGAUCUAUUUCUCAUAGUACACAAUAUAGACGGCACUAUGCUGCGGAAUGCUAAAGCUCAGUCAACAUUAGCUAGUAUAUCACAAAUCAAGAAUGUUCACACUAUUGCAACCAUUGACCAUAUAAAUGCUCCAUUAUUAUGGGAUCACACAAAACUAAGUAAAUUUAAAUUCACAUGGUGGGAUGUGACAACGUUUGUGCCAUACGCGGAAGAAACUUCAUAUGAAAAUUCAUUGAUGACGCAUCGCAGUGGUGCACUACAACUGUCUUCUCUGAAGAGUGUUUAUCAAUCGCUCACUACAAAUGCUAAAGGAAUCUUUAAAAUAAUAAUUGAGUUUCAAUUGGAAAAUCAAAAACAACAUUACCAAGGACUGCCGUUCAGGGAUUUGUAUUCCAAGUGUCGGGAACAGUUUUUAGUAAGUUCUGAUCUAGCUUUAAGAGCUCAACUAACUGAGUUUCUAGAUCAUAAACUAGUGAAAAUGAAGCGAACAUAUGAUGGGAGUGAAAAUUUGGUAAUACCCAUUGACAAUGUAUUAAUGCAACAGUUUUUAGAACAGCAAACUAGUGCUAACUGAUUAUUUAUUGAUGAACUAAGCCUGCUAUAAAUUUAACUGUUUUUGAUAAGGAGUAAAUAAUUAAAAAACCUGAGUUAUA